AUGAAAAUUCAAUAUGCUACACAGUAUAAAAAGAAAUUAGAGUUUACCAAUAAUUAUUUAGCCCACUUAAGUCAUGCACAAAAAGAACAUGAUUAUUACAAUAUUAAUAUUAAGAAUGCAGUUGAUGAUAGCAAAUAUAAUCAAAACAUAAUUAGUUUUCAAGAAUCUUUUAAAACCUUUAACGCAACUAUGCAUAUCACAUAUGAUUGGGCCCAGAACACUAACUACAUAAUUGAUGAUGCUGAAAUGCCCAAUAAUGUCUCAACUAUUAAUCGUUCUACUUCAAUUAACUUUAAUUUUGCUCAAUAUUUCUUAGAUAGAGAAGGAUUUCAAUAUUAUAAUUUUAAAAUUUAUUUUGAAGCAUUUAAAAAGCUACUAAAUAUUCAAAAAUAUUAUCACUUUUAUUUCACUUCACAAAAUCCUGGAGUUGUUUUUUACAAAGACGAUCUUGAAUAA